GCAUGCGCCUCCACCGGGGCUGGGCACCUGCGCUCAGGGUGGAUCCAUGCAGAGCCCAACCGCGCCCGCAGAGCAACCACCGAAUGCUGGAAAAGCGUGUGAGUGCUUAAUGCCUUCCUGCCACCUGGAAAGAUCUGAAUUCCAAAAUCCAUCCCGGCCAGGAGUUUCAGAUGAAGGAUUUCGGAUCCGCAUUCAGGGCAGAGUCCUGUUCCUGACCAUUUGUGCAGCUGGCAUUGGUGGGACUUUUCAAUUUGGCUACAACCUCUCCAUCAUCAAUGCCCCAACCUUGUACAUUCAAGAAUUCACCAAUGAGACUUGGAGGGCACGGACAGGCCAGCCACUGUCCCACCGCCAUGUUCUGCUCGUGUGGUCCCUCAUCGUUUCCCUGUACCCCCUGGGGGGCUUCUUGGGAGCAUUACUUGCUGGGCCCCUGGCCGUCAAGCUGGGAAGGAAGAAGUCUCUGCUGGCGAAUAACGUCCUUGUGUUGACUGCUGCCAUCCUGUUUGGCUUCAGUCGCGGGGCAGGCUCCUUUGAGAUGAUCAUUCUGGGAAGGCUGCUGGUGGGAGUCAGUGGAGGUGUGAGCAUGUGCAUCCAGCCCAUGUACCUGGGGGAGAGUGCCCCCAAGGAGCUCCGAGGAGCAGCGGCCAUGACCUCAGCCUUCUUUGCAGCCCUGGGGAUUGUGAUGGGUCAGGUGAUCGGACUCAGGGAACUCCUGGGUGGCCCACAGGUCUGGCCCCUGCUGCUGGCCAGCUGCCUGGUGCCUGGGGUGCUCCAGUUGGCCUCCCUGCCUCUGCUCCCAGAGAGUCCACGCUACCUCCUUAUUGACCGUGGAGAUACCAAAGCCUGCCUGAAAGCACUGCAGCGACUGCGGGGCACUGCGGACGUGACUGGAGAGAUGGAGGAGCUGCAGGAGGAGCGCUCUGCUUGCCACGGCCUGCCCUCUCGGCGCCUAUGGGAGCUGUUUCAGGAUCCGACCCUGCGGAGGCAGGUGAUGAGCCUCGUGGUGCUGGGCAGUGCCAUGGAGCUCUGUGGGAAUGACUCGAUGUACGCCUAUGCCUCUUCCGUGUUCCGGGAGGCGGGGAUCCCUGAGGAGAAGAUCCAGUAUGCAAUCAUGGGCACUGGGAGCUGCGAGCUGCUCACUUCCUUUGUCAGUUGUAUGGUCAUCGAGAGGGUGGGACGGCGGGUGCUGCUGAUAGGGGGCUACUGCCUGAUGGCCUGCUGGGGCAGCAUCUUCACAGUGGCCCUGUGCCUACAGAGUUCCUUCCCCUGGAUGUCCUACCUGGCCAUGUGUUGCAUAUUUGCCUUCAUCCUCAGCUUUGGCAUUGGCCCCGCUGGAGUGACGGGGAUCCUGGCCACAGAGCUGUUUGACCAGGUGGCUCGACCUGCUGCCUACAUGAUCUAUGGGUCACUAAUGUGGAUCAUGCUCUUCCUGGCAGGGCUGGGAUUCCCCUUCCUCAUGGAGGGCUUGGCCCACUUCAUCUAUGUGCCUUUCCUCUGUGUCUGUAUCUGUGCGGCCGUCUACACUGGUUUCUUCCUCCCUGAGACAAAAGGCAAGACAUUCCUGGAAAUAUCUGAGGAAAUUCACAGACUCAACUCCAGGCGGAAGAGCCAGGGCCCCAUGUGGAGAGGUCCAAAGGUCAUCCAGUCCACAGAACUCUAGCUCCUGAGCAAGGCUGGGGCCAGGUCCAGUUUCUCUUCCCUUUGCUUCCUGCAGGG